AUGGUAAUCACGACCGUGCAGAAGGAGGCACUUCAGGGGCUUUGUUCCGGGGAUCGUCUCGAUCUGAUGGACGCCAUUGACCGGCUACGCUCAAGGGGCGUCGACCAUCUCAUCUCCCUCCCACAAAUCAUCGUGGUCGGAGACCAGUCAUCAGGCAAGAGUUCUGUCCUGGAAGCCAUCUCUGGCGUGCCGUUCCCAGCCCGAAGCAAUCUUUGCACCCGAUUCCCCACCGAGCUUGUCCUCCGCCGGACCUCUCAAGUCAGCGCCCGUAUCUCUAUUGUCCCCCACACAGCACGGCCCGAUUCCGAGAAGGCCGCAUUGUCCAAUUUCGAUGCGGAGUUGGCGACCUUUGAUGAUCUCUCUAGACUCAUCGAAGAAGCAAAAUACGCGAUGGGCAUCUCGACUCACGGCAACUCCUUUGGCAGAGACCUGCUCCGCGUGGAGAUCUCGGGACCUGACCGACCCCAUCUCACCAUCGUCGACCUACCGGGCCUCAUCCAUUCGGAGACCAAACACCAACGCGCAUCCGACAUCGAACUGAUACAAGAUACCGUCGAGUCGUACAUGGCCGAGCCACGUAGCAUUAUCCUCGCAGUCGUCUCAGCCAAGAAUGACUUUUCGAACCAAGUCGUCCUCAAGCUAGCCCGGUCCGCCGAUUCCGAAGGCAAGCGGACUCUAGGCGUCAUCACGAAACCCGAUACAUUACAUCCGGGAUCGCAGAGCGAAGCAUUGUACGUGUCCCUAGCCCGGAACCGGGAAUUCGAGUUCCGCCUUGGCUGGCACGUCCUGAAGAACCUGGACUCGGAGACACAGCAGAUAACCUCUUCACACCGGCGCAACACCCUCGAGGAGACCUUUUUCGGUCAGGGAAUUUGGACAACACUUCCUGGCAACAUCCUCGGUGUCAGUCACUUGCGCUCGCGGCUUAGUAAAGUCCUCCUGACGCACAUUGCAUCCGAACUCCCAGGGCUGAUCACCGAUAUCGAGACGAGGCGACAAUCUUGCCAGGCAGGCAUCGCCAAACUUGGUCGCGCACGAGCUACGCACAAGGAGAACCAGCUCUAUCUGAUUACCAUAUCCGAGUCAUUCCAGCGCCUCGUCCGCAGUGCUGCGGACGGCAACUGUACAGACGGUUUCUUCAAGAGUGCCGAGUCUGCAAGCGGGUAUCAGUCCCGCCUGCGAGCUUUCAUCCAGAACCACAAUGAUGAUUUCGCCAAGACGAUUGAAAAGGAAGGGCACACCUGUCACAUCACUGACCACGGGGCUGAUGACGACAAGGUUGAGGCCAACGACAGCGCGAAAUCCAUCUCCCGCGAGCAGUUCAUCGCAAAGAUUAUGACCAAGAUGUCCCACGCCCGUGGUAGGGAGCUUCCGGGUUCAUUCGAUCCGAUGAUUGUCGCCGAGCUAUUCCGCGAACAAGCUAUCCCGUGGGAACAACUAGCGCAUGCCCAUAUCAAGCGGUCGUGGGGGUCGUGCAAGUUGUUCCUAAAGCAGGUCGUCGAGCACGUCGCCGACCUCAACACUUCUGCAACUAUAUAUCAGAAGAUUAUCGAACCCGCAAUGUACGAGAUCUUGGGAAACUUGAUAGGCCUCACGAAAAAGGUCCUCAACCAGCAUCAGCAGCUACACCCGAUCACGUAUAAUCAGGACUUCCCGGAGGCCCUCCAGAAGCUGCGGAGCGACCGCAGGCGUGAUUGCAUUGCCUCGACAACGAUGAACUUCUUUGGCGUGAGCACGUUGACAAGGAACAGUUUCGGCACGCUGGAUUUGUCAAACCUGGUGGAUAGAUUGGUGGUUAGCACGUUGGAGCCGGAUGUGACCAGAUUCGCCGCAUCUGAGGCUCUCGACAUGAUGCAGGCGUACUACAAGGUCGCCAUGAAGCGAUUCAUUGACGACAUGGCUGUCUCAGUCGUCGAGGUCGCCCUCGUGUCCGCCUUGGCCGACAUCCUCUCCCCAGCCAAGGUUUUCGAGAUGGACGAAGGCGUUGUGGCUGCCCUGACAGGCGAGACAGAGGAGAACCGGAUCUUGAGAGAACAGCUGGUACAACAAUUGGAGGUCUUGGAAAAUGGCGCAGAGAUCUGCCAGCGGUUCACGAUUGACGAUACCAAUGGCACCGGAUCCAACCAAGAGAGGCAGAGUACCUUGACCCCAGACGGGACUGGGAGCGAAGGUGGCAGCGAGGCGAGCGCCAGGGGCCUUGAUAUUCCGGAUUCGCUUGGCGAAGAAACGCAACCCGAGGCGGAGGCGGAGCAGAGCUCCAGAGAUGUUCAUGUUUCUAAGUCUAGUAAAAAGAAGAAGGGAAGGAUUACUGUAGCAUGAACACACACGAAGUUCUGGUUCGCAGAAUACCAGCAGUAUACGAAGGAAGAAUAGGGGAUUAGAGACUUUAGGUAAGUUAUACUUUGAAGUAGAAGCCCAUCUCAUCUUUCAGUUGUAGUCAAGACAGGCUAGGAAUAAAAG